AUGAAAAGGAAUGUCCCUGAGGGCGAACAGCGCUCCAAAGCUGGGUUUGACCAAACCGCGGACGAGAUUCAAAAUGUGAAACGGAAACAAAAUAUCGACUUUGUGACUUUGGGCAUGUUUAUUAUCGAUGAAAUCGAAUUUCCCCCUCCCAAGCCUCCAGUCAAGGACAUCAUCGGUGGCGCCGGGACCUAUGCGGCCUUAGGAGCUCGGAUUUUCUCUCCAGCCCCCAACCUUUCUCGGACCGUGGGCUGGGUCGUAGACCAAGGCUCUGACUUCCCCCCUUCUAUCACUGCUCAUCUGAAGUCCUGGAAGACAUCGGCACUCUUCCGCUAUGAUCCCUCACGCUUGACGACCCGCGGCUGGAACGGCUACUCGGCCGACGAAGAGUCUGGUUCAACAUCUACAUCUCAGCAGCGAGCUUUCCGUUAUCUGACUCCCAAGAAGCGUCUCACCCCAGCCGAUCUAUCCCCAAAUCUCUUGUGUGCGAGGGCGUUUCACUUGGUCUGCAGCCCAUUGAGAUGUCAGGAGAUUGUCAAAGAUCUACUCGCCAGACGUAGGGCUCUAGCCGAAGCAGGGGGCGGCGAAGGUUUCCUUCCUCGCCCAUUGAUCAUCUGGGAGCCGGUCCCGGACCUGUGCACUCCGGAUGAGCUGCUCAAUUGCACAAACACGCUGCCACUAGUUGACGUGUGCUCGCCAAAUCACGCCGAGCUAGCCUCUUUCAUGGGCGAAAAGCCCCAGGAUAUCGCGGCAGCCGAGGCCGAGUCUGAUGGGCGGGGCGUCCGACGCAUGGUGGAGCGGCAUUGUGAGCAGUUGCUCGCGAGCAUGCCGCUCAAGACAUACACGCUUGUCGUACGCGCCGGUGCAAACGGCUGCUUCAUCGCCCGCAACGGGGGGAGCAGGCAGAAGGCGCUCGCGACCAGCAAGUCAAAGCCACAACCCAAAAUCAGCAUACCCGCUCACCAUGGGCCCCUCCAUCCCUCCCUGACCGCUGACCUGUCGGCCCUGCUCAUGGCUCUGCAAGACGAUGAUGGACAUAUCCCCAUUCCCGAGAUCGAAAUCGACCCGGGCAUCGAAAAAUGGAUCCCUGCCUACUAUGGUGAAGGAUAUGCCGGCGAGCCGAAGGUUGUCGACCCUACUGGUGGGGGAAACACCUUCCUGGGAGCAUUGGCCGUGGCCCUGGCCAGGGGCAAAUCCAUCGAGGAGGCCUGUGUGUGGGGGCAUGUUGCUGCGAGUUUUGCAAUUGAACAGGUCGGUUUACCCGUCUUAACAAUCGAUGAAAAGGGGAAUGAACGAUGGAAUGGCAUAGGAGUGGGUGAGAGGCUGAAGGAUCUUUUCAAGAGGACAAAUAUAUGCGUGGAUGAAACUUUUGACGAUGCGGAUGACACAGAAUGGGUUACCGAAUCGGAGGAUGAAUAA